AAUGGCUUCUGAAAAAAUAAAAGGCCUAAUCUGUGUAAUUGGAGGGAUAAUCCUUCACCUUUUCCUCGGAUGUUUCUAUUUAUGGGGAAAUAUACAGGUCUACAUCACUUCAUACUUGCAUAAACAUGACCCGAGCAUUACUUUAGAAGACACCAAUGUAGUUUUUGUUCUUCUGAAUUUAGGCCAAACACUCUCAAUGCCAAUUGGUCCUUUAUUGUUCGAUUACCUCCCAGUGCAGUUGAUCUUUAUCAUUGGAGCCUCUAUCUCAAUUGGAGGAGUGUUUAUCUCCUCUUUUGUAACCAAUCUAUAUUUGUAUGAGCUCAUGUAUCCACUUUGAUUUGGUCUUGGAAUAGGAUUUUGAUAUAUGCCAGCAGUGAUGUGAGGUUGGGAGUACUUCCCACAAUGGAAGGGAGCUGUUACAGGAUCUAUAAUAGCUGGCUUCGGAUUUGCAUCCUUUAUAUUCGGGUUUGUCUCUAUAGCUAUUACCAAUCCUGAUGGGGAGCAAGCUGAACUUAAAGUUGCUGGAGGCAAAAUCUUUAGUACUGAAAGUCCUGUUUCCUCGAAUGCACCUUCAAUGCUUCGAAUUAUGUGUGGUAUUUGGUGUGUGUUUUUAAUUUUGGCAUUACUUAUGAUUCACCGCAAUACAGCUUCUCUUGUACCUCAAAUCCCAAUAUCAAGCGCAAGAAUGCAUAGCAACGAUGUAGCACUUACCUCAAUGGCUGAACAAGCCCAAGAUACUUCGAACUCUGACUAUUCAAACGAACCUACUCUUGGUGAAGCAUUGAGAGACUACAGAGUGUAUUACCUCUAUGCAGCAAUGUUUCUUGCUUCGAGUUUUCCUUACUUCAUUGCAAGUUCUUUCAAGACUUAUGAACAAAUUGACCUUCACGACGACAGAUUUAUCACUCUGGUUGGGUCUUUAGGAGCAGUCACCAAUGGACUUUCAAGAGGAGUCUGGGCAACCCUCAUGGACUUUAUAGGAUACAAGAAAGUAGUCAUGGGACUAUUAACUCUCGAAAUUAUAAUCGCAUUUACAUUUGUUGCUGUGCAUGAGGUGAAGACUCUCUAUCUAAUAUGGGUGCUGGCAUCUUUCUCCAUUCUCGGAGGGCAAUUUGCAACAUUACCUACAUUAUGUGGGAAAAUUUUUGGACUACAUACUGGAGGAAAAAUCUUUACUAUUAUCUUUUCCACAUUUCUUAUAGUAUCCUUUGCAAACUAUAUUUUUGCAACAAUGGAAGCAAGAGGCUAUAUCGAAUACUCCACCUUAUUCUAUAUUCUUGGACUAAUGGCCACUGCAGCGUUAUGUAUGAUAUUCUUCUUAGAUGUUAGUCCACAUGUUAAAACUUUAUCUUCGAAAGAUCACGAUAAGCAGAGGAAUGACAAUAAAAUUGAAGAGCAAUUGGUUGACUAGUCUUAACUACUUCUGUUACAUUUUAACAGAAUACUGCAC